UCUAGAUUCAAGAUAUGGAAAACAUUCUUUCCCCUAUGGCUGCAGGUGGUGAAUAUGAAGCGCACAGUCGCCUCGUCGCAUUUGAAGUCGCAUGUCAGAAUGAACGCAAGGUUGAAAGAAGAAACCUUCAAGCUGUGGAGAAGAGCUAUCAGGAGCAGGAAGAAGGCUGCGAUGAAGUGGUUCAAGUCGACGUUGAGCUGGGCCUUCGUGUCGUGGUCAAGCUUGCUGGAAGACCACCGACUUCUGUAUGGCGAAGUGACCAACAAGCUGCAAGGAGUUGUUGUUGGGAUAGGAGCGACGAUGGGGAUGAUCAUGCUGAAAGAGUGGAACCUUGUUGUAUCUCGGCGGAAGGCGGCGUUGAAGAGAUGGAGCCAGGGGGCCCUUUGGCGAUGUCUAAAGUUGUGGAUUCAAAGUUACGAGGAAGCGAUGAGCGUCUUUGAGGAGGUUCGCGAGAAAUUCUCGUCCAUCGUGUCCUACAUCUCGGGAGAGACGAUGUCGUUGAUGUUUGAGGAGUGGAAAUCACUCUGGUCAAAGAACAAGCGAGCAGCGAUGAGGUUCAAGAACACGAGCCUGUGGUUCCACCUGAGCUCUUGGAUCUCCUCGUUCCUCGAUAGGAAGAGGGAGGCACAAGUGCUUGCGAGCAUUCGCCAUCGAAUGCACACCAGGGAGCUGCGCGCUGCUUUCCUGCAUUACGCGCAGCACGUGGAGGACCUUGGUAUAGAUCGAGCGAUCAUCAGGCACGUGGUGGCCUGUUGGACCAACUUGUCGCUGUUCAAGUCUGUUCGCAAGCUCCUCACGUAUCAUCAGCGGGC